AUGUCUUGGAUAAAGGACUUAAAUCUGGAUUAUGAAGCUCUCAACAAAGAGGGAACUUUUUCUGCAGGGGAUACUAUCAUAGGAACAGUCACUUUGACUUUGACUAAAGAAACCAAAGUGAAGUGCCUGAUGGUGAAAGCCAAAGGGGACGCGCGCAUCGACUGGCAAGAGUGUAACCAGGACGGCACGUACAAUGGGCACAGGAGAUACUUCAAACUCAAAGAGUUCCUAAUUGCAGAAAAUGACACUGUACUUCCCCAAGGAGUCCAUGGCUUUAAGUUCAGGUUUACAAUCCCUCAGGGGGACAUGCCGUCUUCCUUCAAGGGUGUUCAUGGAAGGAUUGUCUACAUGCUUGAAGCAAAGAUGUCCAGGACGGGGCGGUUGCCUUCUAGAGUACAAAAAGAGCUCAAAUUUGUUUCAACGUCCUUUUUACAUGGCCAAGUAAUGUGUCCCCAGUCUGGUUCAGUGGAUAAAGGACAGGUCCAAUUGUCUGCUACCGUUAACAAGAAGGUUUGCUCUCCAGGUGACACUUUAUCUGUUGUUGCCAAAAUCCGCAACUCCUCUUCCAAAAAAACGAGGCCCAAAUUAAGUUUACAGCAGAAAUUAGUGUACCGCGUCGGUGCCUCCACUGCAACCACUGACCAAAGUCUGCGCAAAAUGGUUGGGGAGACUAUCGCACCGAACUCAGAGGAAAGUGUCUCCUGUCAAUUGGAAAUUCCUGCCAAUGUCGCCUUCACUCUCCAUAAUUGUGAACUCUUCUCAAUUGACUAUUACCUCAAGGUGUAUUUGGACAUCAGUUUUGCCAUCGGCCCAGCGGUGGUGUUUCCACUGGUCAUCAUUCCUGCUAGCUUUGCUACCCUUCAGCCUGGUGAGGCUUUGGGGCCUUACCCAGCUGGGGCCCCAAAUUACAGCGACUUUCCUUCCCCUGCCUUCAAUUGGACAUAGGAUAGAUACAUUUUACUGUUACAGCAACUUAGAGUAUUAAAGACGACGAUAAUAAAGCAAAACAAUAUACAAUACUUAUCAACAAUACCUUGAAUAAUACGUUUUACUGAACAUAACAAGUGGCUGUAAUAAUCAGUGGCUGCUCUAUACAGUUACUCAACUGCAGCUUCAUCUUCAGUGCAGGACCUUACUGCUCCACCUCUGCUUCAGCUAGUAUUUAUUAAGUGAUUUGCUGUGAUUGUGAAUCUGUAUUCUAUAUUUCUUCUACUGCUUAACAUUUUUACAGUUAUACUAUAUAUGGAAAAAUAUUUCAUAUGUACAGUGGGCGUUCCAAUGUAUAGUACCAAAAUGACCCUCAUUUAUUUCACUGUAGGGUGGAAAAUUGUAAGAUUUAGUUUAGUAAAAACAUAUUUUCACUUAAUUAUAGAUGUUUAUUCCUUUUUGGAAAUGCCCUUUAACUCGACUAGUUUUCUUCUAUAUGCAAGCUUUAAGUUAUGCAAACCCAAGGGAUAACAACUUACUAUAAGAGUUGCAGGCAAAAGGGGAACUUUUUGCUGGUAAAAAAUGAGUUUUUUUGUUGGCUUUUUAUUGGA